UUGUUCCCCACGAUACAAAGAUGGCUGUUUCAUCUUCCUCCUCCUCCUCCUCUUCUUUCAUUCCUCUCCUCCUCCUCUUCCUUACUGUUGCCGUGGAGUCGAGACCUUCAUCACAAAAAGACGACAAACAGGUCUUAAACUCUCUGUUCGGCCCUCGUCUCGCUUCUCUCAUCUUGGCCCCGCCCAACUCUGAUGACAUCACAGAGGGCUCAGCUGGACUCCCUGCCCCCUCACCCAGGGUAUUCGCCGCGGGUCACGGUGCUGCGAAGGGAUUGGCUGGCAGACGGGAGGCGGUCCCUCGCUUCUUCCUUGACUUCCUCCAGCGACAGUCCAAGAUGAGGAGGCGGAGCAGGAAGUCGAUGGUGGGAGGGAGGGGAUGCUUCGGGAUGAAGAUGGACCGCAUCGGCUCCAUCAGUGGGCUGGGUUGUUAGACCCCGUCCUGCAGACCGCUAUGUUAAAUUUUACUGACCAGACAGGCUGACUCCGCCUGUCUUUUGAACUUGUGAUGUCACUACAGGUGACCACGAGCUGACCCUGCAUGACCUCUGACCUCCAGGAACCCCAAGGCCUCCGGUCAGAGACUUUGUGUUGGAACUUUACUAACGAAGGACUAAACUAAACUAAACUAAAGGGAACACACCUGUUUUAGACACAGGUAGACAUCAGAGGAAACGGAGGUUCCCUCCUAGCUCCCCUGGAAUCCUAUUAAUGACCCCUGACCCCUGAACUCUGACCUCUGACCCCUGGCUGCAACACAGCCAGCAGAACACUGUGUGUGUGUAAGAGAGACAACCAUGUGUUAAACAUGCUGAUGAGUGUGUGUGUGUGUGCGAGUGUGUGUGAGGAUUUGACGGCAGUCUGACUGCACGCUGCAAUAAAAUGAGAAACUUCAA